UUAGAGAGAUCUUUAGCAUCAUCUGUAGCUUUUAUUGAGGGCCUGUUCAGGGGGCUCAGAUUGAGGCUAAGAAGUGUAAGGCUACUUUUGGGAAAAGUCUUUAUGUUAUUUGUUUACAUUUCAUGUUUCCUCACAGUUGGGCAGUAGAAAUAAGUAGGUCAGCUCUCCUAUUGGUUUUUGAAGGUUAGCCCCCUCCCCCCUUUUCAAAGUUUUACCAUCUACUUGGUUUACAGCCUUGUAGGAAAGCAUGACCGAAAAUUUCCUGGGAAUACUGUUACUCAUUUUAAUUUCGGGGAUUAGAGAGCUGAAGGAGAGCCAGUUUCCCCAAAAUUGGACUUCUCAGAACCUUUAAUAUGCUAAUGUGCAUUGUGAAUCUCCAAGAUGGGGAUAUGAUAUGCAGCAUUCUUGAAUACUUCUAAUGACAGGGAGCCCACUACCUCAUAAGCUGCAGCAACAAGAGGAGCUUGUUAUUUUAAAGGGAGGUGAAGACACUGUAGAAUCAGCAAGCAGAAGAAAGGGGAGAAGGCAGAGGAUGGAGUUGCAGACCCUACAGGAGGCUCUGAAAGUGGAAAUUCAGGUUCACCAGAAACUGGUUGCUCAAAUGAAGCAGGAUCCACAGAAUGCUGACUUAAAGAAACAGCUUCAUGAACUCCAAGCCAAAAUCACAGCUUUGAGUGAGAAACAGAAAAGAGUAGUUGAGCAGCUGCGGAAGAACCUGAUAGUCAAGCAAGAGCAGCCGGACAAGUUCCAGAUACAGCCAUUGUCACAGUCUGAAAAUAAACUACAAACAGCACAGCAGCAGCCACUACAGCCACUGCAGCCACUGCAGCAGCAGCAGCAGCAGCAACAGCAGCAGCAGCAGCAGCAGCAGCACGCCCAGCAGUCAGCAGCACCGCCCAGCCUGACUGCAUCACAGAAGACUGUAACUACAGCUUCUAUGAUUACCACAAAGACACUACCUCUCGUCUUGAAAGCAGCAACUGCGACCAUGCCUGCCUCUGUUGUGGGCCAGAGACCUACCAUUGCUAUGGUGACCGCCAUCAACAGUCAGAAAGCUGUGCUCAGCACUGAUGUGCAGAACACACCAGUCAACCUCCAGACGUCUAGUAAGGUCCCUGGGCCUGGGGCAGAGGCUGUCCAAAUUGUGGCAAAAAACACAGUCACUCUGCAGGUUCAAGCAACACCUCCUCAGCCCAUCAAAGUACCACAGUUUAUCCCUCCUCCUAGACUCACUCCACGUCCAAACUUUCUUCCACAGGUCCGCCCCAAGCCUGUGGCCCAGAAUAACAUUCCUAUUGCUCCAGCGCCUCCUCCCAUGCUUGCAGCUCCUCAGCUUAUCCAGAGGCCUGUCAUGCUGACCAAGUUUACACCCACAACCCUCCCCACAUCCCAGAAUUCCAUCCACCCUGUCCGUGUCGUCAAUGGGCAGACUGCAACCAUAGCCAAAACGUUCCCCAUGGCCCAGCUCACCAGCAUUGUGAUAGCUACUCCAGGGACCAGACUCGCUGGACCUCAGACUGUACAGCUUAGCAAACCAAGCCUUGAAAAACAGACAGUUAAAUCCCACACAGAAACAGAGGAGAAACAAGCAGAGAGCCGUACCAUCACUCCACCUGCUGCCCCAAAACCAAAACGAGAAGAGAACCCUCAGAAACUUGCCUUCAUGGUGUCUCUAGGGUUGGUAACACAUGACCAUCUAGAAGAAAUCCAAAGCAAGAGGCAGGAGCGGAAGAGAAGGACGACCGCGAACCCGGUGUACAGCGGGGCCGUCUUUGAGCCAGAGCGUAAGAAGAGCGCAGUCACUUACCUUAACAGCACAAUGCAUCCUGGGACGCGGAAGAGAGGUCGUCCUCCAAAAUACAAUGCAGUGCUGGGGUUUGGAGCCCUUACCCCAACAUCCCCCCCAUCCAGUCAUCCCGACUCCCCUGAAAAUGAAAAGACAGAGACCACAUUCACUUUCCCUGCACCUGUGCAGCCUGUGUCCCUGCCCAGCCCCACCUCCACAGACGGUGAUAUCCACGAGGAUUUUUGCAGUGUUUGCAGAAAGAGUGGCCAGUUGCUGAUGUGUGACACGUGUUCGCGUGUGUAUCAUCUGGAUUGCUUAGACCCUCCUCUGAAAACAAUUCCCAAGGGCAUGUGGAUCUGCCCCAGAUGUCAGGACCAGAUGCUGAAGAAGGAAGAAGCAAUUCCAUGGCCUGGAACUUUAGCCAUUGUUCAUUCCUAUAUUGCCUACAAAGCAGCGAAAGAAGAGGAGAAACAGAAGCUACUUAAGUGGAGUUCAGACUUGAAGCAGGAGCGAGAACAACUGGAGCAGAAGGUGAAGGAGCUCAGCAGUUCCAUAAGUAAAUGUAUGGAGAUGAAGAAUACCAUCUUGGCACGGCAGAAGGAGAUGCGCAGCUCCCUGGACAAGGUGAAACAACUCAUCCGCCUCAUCCAUGGCAUCGACCUCUCUAAACCUGUAGACUCUGAGGCCACUGCGGGGGCCCUCUCCAAUGGCCCAGACUGCACCCCCCCUGCCAACGCCGCCUCCACCCCUGCCCCCUCCCCCUCCUCGCAGAGCUGCACAGCGAACUGUAACCAGGGGGAAGAGACUAAAUAACAGCCCUCCCUCGAGGAGAUGCCACAGUCCCAGUGGCGAGGAGACUCUAGAGAAGACGCAAAGCCGGAUUUCUUCUGGAAAGUACAGAAUUCUUUUGGUUCUUUGGUUCCAGAGAGAGAGGAGAAGAUGCUUGUGCCAGUGGCACCGAGUUUGCCAAUUGAUUCUUCUAGUUCUGUGUGUACAUGCAAAGAUUGGACCAUGUUACAUGAAAUAGUGCCAGCUGGAGGUUCUUUGCCAGCACCAUGCCAAGUGAAAUAAUAUAUUUACUCUCUCUAUUAUA